AUGUUUGUCUUUAGCAUUACUGCUGGAGGUGUAAUGGAUGUCAACACCGCUCUGCAAGAAGUGCUGAAGACCGCACUUAUCCAUGACGGCCUGGCUCGUGGCAUUCGUGAAGCAGCCAAAGCCUUGGACAAACGCCAAGCCCACCUUUGUGUUCUGGCUUCAAAUUGUGAUGAACCCACAUACGUAAAAUUAGUUGAAGCACUUUGUGCAGAACAUCAGAUCAACUUAAUAAAGGUUGAUGACAACAAGAAGCUGGGUGAAUGGGUAGGUCUCUGCAAGAUCGACAGAGAAGGAAAACCUCGCAAAGUCGUGGGCUGCAGUUGUGUGGUUGUCAAAGACUAUGGCAAGGAAUCUCAGGCCAAAGAUGUCAUCGAAGAGUACUUCAAGUGCAAGAAAUGAGUGGAAAAUAAAUGUUGAACCUGACUAGUGU